AUGCCGUGUUUCCUAGUCUCUGCUUCGAACGGGGCCUUUCCGGCCAUGGAUCCCCAAGAGGUAGAACCAGAUGAGCAAUUCACCCAUAUCAAAGGUGCUGAAAGUGCCUGGAACAAAGCAGGAGAAGUGGCCGGAGAGGAUGGUAUAUCUCAGGAGAACACGGGGAGUAGUAGCGAUGGCGGCCAGGCCGAGGACCCCCAUCCCAUUUCGUUUGGCCGAAUGCUGGAAGGAGGAGGAGGAGACAUUCCGCCUCCCCAGUGUUUGGAGGAAGGAGAAAAACGCCUUAUCUUGCUGAAGACGGUGCAGUUGAAAAUGGAAGAUGACUUCCGGCGAGAUGGUCCUUCCAGUCUACCGGAUGGACUGCAAGGCCUGCUGUCCCAAGGGCCUAGCCUCUGGCAGCCCGUAGAGGUGACGCCGCAGAGCGUCAGCCUCCAAGAGAACCCCGAGGGAGGCUUAACGGUAAAUUUUCUGGAAAGCGUUUAUGCAGUCCAUGAAAUGGAAGUGGUGCCUGUGAACGGUCUGAAAGAAGUGCCGGCAUUCAACAACGAUCAUAGAGCUCCUGAAAAGACCCCGGACAUCCUCUGGAUUAAGAUUGACAGAAGUAAAGAUAUAAUCUCGGAUGAAAGUAAGGAGCAGCAGCUGCCCUCAGCUGAAGAGGAAAGAAUCAACAAUCCCCUUGCGGUUCGAGCAGCGAAGUUUCUGGGUGCCCGAAUUAAAGCUGGCUCCUUAUCGUGGCCCGCAUCAGAAAAUAAAGGCCAAGGCGAUGAAGGAGAUGUGCUGCAGUAUUGUGAUUUCUGCUCAUUCACCUCUGUCAGCGUGUGGAGCCUUAACCGUCAUGUGAAAAAACACUCGGAUGCCAAACCCCACAUGUGCCACAUCUGUCUCAAGGCCUUCCGUACCAUUUCCUUGUUGCGUAACCAUGUGAACACACACACAGGGACCAUUCCGUACAAGUGCAGCGAGUGCGAAAUGGCCUUUGUGACCAGUGGAGAGCUUUCGCGCCACAGGCGUUACAAGCAUACUCUCGAGAAGCCCUUUAAGUGUUCGUACUGUAACUACUGUAGUGUAGAGGCAAGCAAGUUGAAGCGCCACAUCCGUUCGCACACCGGGGAGCGCCCUUACACCUGCACUCUGUGCGCCUACGCCAGCAGGGACACUUACAAGCUGAAAAGGCACAUGGUUACUCACUCAGGUGAAAAGCCCUUUGAGUGCAGGAUUUGUAAGGCCAGGUUCACCCAGGCCGGAACUCUGAAGUUCCAUGUAUUGCACAAGCAUGGGGAAAAUGUGCCCAAAUACCAAUGUCCACACUGCAGUACUUGUGUCGCCAGGAAGGGUGAUUUAGGUAUCCACUUGCGAAAUCUCCAUACCUUUGUCGAAGUCCCGCUCAAGUGCAGUUACUGUGACAGUGCCUUCCACGAGCGCUAUGCCCUCAGACAGCACAAGAAGAUCCACAGAAAUGAGAAGAGAUUCAAAUGCGAUCAGUGCAGUUACGCAUGCAAGCAGGAGCGCCACCUGGUUAUGCACAAGCGGAUGCACACAGGUGAGAAACCCUUCGUUUGUGCGGCUUGCAGCAAAUCCUUUCGGCAGAAGCAGCUGCUCACCGUUCACUUCAAGAAACACCACGACUCCACUUUUAAGCCAAGAGUCUACAAUUGCCCUAAAUGUGGCAAGGGCUAUUCGCGCUGGAACAAUAUGCGUAAGCACGCUGAAAACUGUGGGGAAGCAGGAGCCGUUCGACCCAGCAAAGAAAGCACAUGUCCAAGGAAAGACGGCAAGAGAUCCGGCCACGACGCCAAACAAGAAGGUAACAACGGAGCUGAUCUGGACUAUUACUUCUGUCACUGGCAAUACAUCCUGGAUGGGGUUCUCUCCCAGUCCUGUAACGAAACGGUCUCAAAGGGCCAUGUCCAAGUGCUCCCCAAAUUUGCACUCGGAGGCCAAGCCGCGGAGCUCGGCAAGGAACUCCGUGGCAGUUUCGCGGGCUUGCUGACUCCGCUGGUGGAACACCACGUGGCACGUCAUCUCCGAAGGCUUCGGCAUGUAGUGGUUCUGGACAGCCGUGACGAUUCAUCGAAGGUGCAGUCUUCGAGCUUAUGGGAGAGGAGGUACUGGGCUGACCGCAUCAUUCAUCCCACUGUCACGGUCAUGUACGAUGCGUCAACAGAAUGUGGGCAGGUCCUACGGAGACACACAGACCAACUCCGUCGGCGCAUGCUCCCAGAACACCCAAGCACGGAGGUUCCUGAACAACAGGCAAACCCAGAGGUGAGCCCCCCAGAUGCCCCAGCGCAGGACCUCCCCACUGAAGAACGUCAGAACUUUGCCCCAGUCACCCCGGCAGCUGCCGAGGAAGGCCUGACAACUAACGCUUCUGCGCCAGAGGUGUCUGCACCCCCAGCGCAUCCCAGCACAGCGGACGGGGCCCCGGAGGUCCCAGAUUUGUUUUGGAGCUGGGCAGUGGUCAGAUUUUGUGAUUGUGAGAGCGCCACAUCCCGCCUGGCCUUUCCUCAGCAGCAAGUGGCUGAAUGCUCGGUGCUUUGCCGUUCCGUCUGGCAGAUGGCUGCGAGCUCCAGGAGGUCAUGCGCCCGGCCGGGCGGACCUUCGGUGCCACUGAAGCCUUCUCCCCCUCAGCAGCAGGCGAACGAGUUGGAACAAUACAUCACCCUCACAGCCCAAUGA